AUGCCAUCGAACAGAUUAUUACUACGACAAGGCCUAGUGCCUCUGGUCUCCAAGUCGACCGUGCGACCCGCCGCGACAACCAUCCCGCGUCUGCGCCAAGUUGCUUCCGCUUCCGCCAGCGGCAGCAGCAGGCAAGCACAUACCGGCGCUCGUUCGGCCGCCGUCCGUCCUCGUCUUCACCAACAAUCAUGGGUCCCUAAGACGAGCCUCGCGCCCCAGCAGCGCCGCACCAUCUUCAUCCAGACCGAGAACACGCCCAACCCGGACUCGCUCAAGUUCCUGCCCAACACCAAGCUCAUGAACAUUGACGGCGUCACCUCGGUCUUCUACGGCACCGACUUCAUCACCGUGACCAAGUCGGCCGACGCCAACUGGGCCCACAUCCGCCCGGAGGUGUUUGCGCUCAUCACCGAGACUAUUACUUCCGGUCAGACGAUCGUUAACGUGGUGGAGCGCAGGGAGGGCGAGGAGAAUACACAGGAGUCGGACGAGAAGGAUAGCUUGGCGUACGACGAGAACGAUAGCGAGGUGGUGGGCAUGAUCAAGGAGCUGUUGGAGACGAGGAUUCGCCCGGCUAUUCAGGAGGACGGUGGCGAUAUCGAGUUCCGCGGGUUCGAGGAUGGAAUUGUUAAGCUCAAGCUGCGCGGAGCGUGCCGGACGUGCGAUUCGAGCACGGUGACGCUCAAGAACGGUAUCGAGGGCAUGUUGAUGCACUACAUCGAAGAAGUCCAAGGAGUCGAACAGGUACUUGACCCCGAAGAAGACAUCGCGUUGCAGGAGUUUCAGAAGUUUGAGGAGAAGUUGAAGAAGCAAAAGGGCGAAGUCCCCCUCACCACCGUAGGGAAGGACUCUUUGGAUUCCAUCCCUGGCUAA